GGCGGUGAGACGGUUUGACGCAGGCGUGAGGCUGAGGUCAUCACGCAGGCAGCGCCUGGAGCGCGGGUACCGGCAGCUCCUGAAUAAUUAGCUUCCCUCUAGCCUGAAUGCUAGCAUCCUGCAGGAGGUCGGGAUGCUCCGUUGAAAAGGAGUGCAUCACCUGAUCCUAAUCAACUCGUCUCCCAGUUUAUAGAAUACCACUGAUUCUGUGUCUGCAUUGAAAGCCAUUCAGCACAGUAUGGCUUGGAUCCAGGAAGCAGAGCUGAACUUUGUAGAGAGGUUGUGUGCAUCCGUUCUAAAGGUUGGUCCAAUGCCUAAGCACGUGGCCUUCAUCAUGGAUGGGAAUAGACGAUUUGCCCAGAAGUGUCAAAUGGAGAGAGCAGAGGGCCACUCCCAGGGUUUUGAGAAACUGGCUGAGACCCUUCGGUGGUGUUUGAAUCUGAAUAUACGAGAGGUGACCGUUUACGCUUUCAGUAUUGAGAAUUUCAAACGCUCCAAAGAGGAAGUGGAUGGGUUGAUGGAACUUGCACGGCAGAAGUUCACAAGACUCCUUGAAGAACAGGCGAAUUUGAAGAAGCACAGUGUUCGUAUCAGAGUCCUAGGAAACCUGAGCUUGUUGCCGGGUGAUAUUCAGGAGCUGAUUGCACAGGCAAUGCUAGCAACACAGAGUUAUAACAAAUGUUUCCUGAACGUGUGCUUUGCCUACACCUCUCGGCAUGAGAUCACCAGUGCUGUCAGUGAAAUGGCACUGGGAGUUGAGGACGGGUUACUAAGACCCAGUGACCUUUCUGAGACUUUGCUGGGCAAGUGCCUGUACUCGAGCAAUUCCCCAGACCCAGACCUACUAAUUCGGACAUCUGGAGAGGUUCGUCUCAGUGACUUUCUGUUGUGGCAGACCUCUCAUUCAUGCUUGGUGUUCCAGCCUGUGUUGUGGCCAGAGUAUUCUUUCUGGAAUCUGUGUCAGGCCAUAUUACAGUAUCAGGUCAACUAUCCCGCCCUUCAGAAAGCAAAAAUGUUGCAGGAGGCAGCAUAUCAGCAGCAGCAGUUGGACGUAGACCAUACCUGUGUACUGGAGCAGACACAGCCUGGCAAGGCAGGGGAGAUGGGAGGCACAGACUGCAAACAGGAACAAAUCCUAAAGUAUACCAGGGAGCGGGAGGAAAGAGUCUCCAACUUUCUACUGGAGCUAGAGAACAAAAGGAAAACAUUUCUCACAGACCUUGUUAAGGGCUCCACACCAUUUCUACGUGUUUAGGUCUUGUUAACAUAAGACAAUAGAAAGAAUACCCAUUAUGUAAGUUGGUGAAAAAUCAUGUAUCUGUGGUGGGACUGAUGUUGUUGAUCCAGUUGGCUCCUCUAUCCAUUAAGCACGGAGUGCUGAAUGCGGGAUCUCAUCUCUUAAUUCCUUUCUAACAGGUUUCUCACUCCUGAUUAAUGAGCUAGUGAAGUGCAGCUGCCUCCUUAUGUAUGUAACAUUAAGAAAAAGUGAUGGCUUGGAUGGCUCCCAACGGAAAUGCAAAUGGCUAAAAUCCUGUAGCCACACUAUGUUGCGAGAUAUCAUACUCUGACAUGGAGGUUGAAUACCUUUUAAUUUCCUAGUGUCUGGUGGAAUGGAAAUAUGUAAUAGCCAGACUUUUGUGCCAACCUGGUGCUAAAGAUAAAAUAUUACGGUGCUCUUACCAUAAGUGACAUUCUGACUCCCUCCCACUGUUGUACCCACCAAUUGUUUGCAAUUUGAACUACAGCAACCAUCCCAGCGCUGGUGUUGGUCCUCUAUCCUUACCUCAACAAUGAUUUGAAACAAUCUGUUACCAAUGUCUCUUUCCCCCCCAUUAGUAAAACUUGCCACUCUUGCACCACCAUCAUCAAGAUGAUCGUGGUGGCAGUUUGAUCCACCAAAAAGCUGCCGUCCCCCCCCCCCCCCCCCCCCCCAACUCCUCCCAUGCAGCAAUCUGUGAUCACAAUGGUUGAAUGAUGUUUGUGUACAGACAAUAGCAUGUUCUGUAACCCGCACAUUAGAACUGGAACUCAAAUUGCAAUCAGUGGCAAAUUAAUCUCAUCAAAAUCGUGCACUACUGGGAGAUGCAAGUCAUGAGUAAUCUUGCGGUUCCCAUUUCGGUUAAUUACUUUUUCAGGUGAAAGCUUUAAUAUUUUAGAAAUGUGAUGCAAAAUAUUUGUACAGAUCCUCUCAUGUGGAGUGCAUUAUUACAAGAAAUGUUUCUCCUUUGCAUGAAUCAGUAUCAUUUUACGGUCUGCUUCAAGCAUUGUCUAUUCCGGUCACAGAAUGGACUUUGCAUGCAGUUUCUGCCUGUUCUGAGAUUAAAAAUUAUGCCAGAAUAAUAUUAAAUUCAA